AUGAGCAUUUCCCACUCAGCAUCACCCAGUUAUGAAGAAAAUUCAGUUUUUAAUAGUACUGGUCGAUCUAAGUCAGUUACUGGUACCGAAUACCUACAAGCAAAUAACAACUGUUUUGAAGAAGAGGAAGAAUGGCAAUCGAAGUUGGAUAAAUGGCGUGAAAAGCGUCGACAAGCCUUACGCAUGGAAGCUACUCAUUUGACUUUAUUACAGGAACGUGAAAAUAAGGAAAAUGAAAGACGCAGGGAAGAAGCCAAAGACCGUUUACGUCAAGUGAAAAAUCAACGUAGCCUUCUAGGCUGUGGACGCAUAUCCUCCUUAGAGUUAGUCCCUUCACCACCAAUCAAAAGUCCUGGUGUCGCACUGUUAACCGGUAGUGCUUUUGAUUCACCGACAAUGAAUCAUGAAGAAAAUAGACAAGUGGAUCCAAUUUCAAAUUCUCAAUCAGUUUCUUCGCACAAUUCUAGAUUGACAGAAGAUCUGGAACAUGUGAAAUCAAACUCCUCCGAAAUGGGAAUGAAUGAGCAUUCUAAUUGUUCCUCUCCUAUAUCUGAAAUGAAAGCAGAGCCACUGGAAAAUACUUCUGACAAACUAAUUGAUAUUUCUGCUUCAAAGAACAGCUCUCUCGAGAAACCUACUAAACGUAAUUCUGUUGAAAUAAUUCGUGACCCACCCCAAAAUAAUGGCUCUGUAAUACCUACAAAUGAAUCAGAUAAUCAGAAGUUCACAUUCCCUCCAGAAAAGAAAAACGGUGAUGUUUCUGUUAAAUUUGAAGAUUAUUCAGAGUGCAAAUUACGUUUAUCAUCUAGACAUGGAGUUUCAGAAUCCUGUUGGGGAUUAACACUAAAAGCUGAAGGUCCUUCAAAUACAUUCCCAUUUGUUGUUGAGCGCGUUAAAAUAGGUAGUUCUGCAGAUAUCUGUGAGUUUCAAAAAGGCGAUAUAUUGAUUUGUAUUGAUGGUGUAAAUCUGGGUAUAAAUCGACCGAAUAGUACUAAAAGUACUAAGCAAAUUACAAAGUUGGAGGAUCUAGAAAGAUUGAUGGCGCAAUUAGCUGUGGUAACCAAACCCAUUACAGUUCAAGUCUUACGAAAAGAGGAUGAAUUUGAUGAUCCUACUUUUGGUGAACCUGAUACAGUUGAUGAUUAUCCGGCUACUUCAUCACCUCACAAGACUGCACAUUCACCAAGUAAUGUUGAUGACUCUGACAGUGAAGGUUUUGAGGUAGUAGUCUCUCCAACGUCAGUUUUUCCUCCCAAAACAUCGCAUCUAUUAGAUACUCCAGUUUUUCAUAGACCUGUCACAAUCACUCAUUCUCUUCGCAAGAUACCUUCGGAAGGCUCUGUUCAUAUUUCGGACGAUGAAUCUGACAAUUCAUCUGUGUCAAGUGAUUCAGAACAAAAAAAUGUUUCUGUGUAUAACUGUCAGGAACGUAAUGUCAUUGUUUCAUCCAUUUCACCUUCUAAUACUGAUAGAAAUAAGCACCGUAUAGUUAAAACUUAUCAAAGUAAAUUGGAAACUGAAGUUUCAAAUCCUUUAGAAGUUGGAACCACACGAUUGAGUUCACCAAGUCAAUCAGAUUCAGUCAGUUGUAAUGGAACUUCAAACAACAAACGAGGUGCAGAAAUUAACUAUACGGAACCAGCACAUUUUACAUUGGCAACUGCAUCUAUGCUAUCUCCUUGUAUUCAAACUGACUAUCAAGUAAAACUAGCCAAUGUAAUUAUGGAAGAGGCUAAGUCUACUAAUUUGGUAAAUGGAAGCAAAUCGAACGAUGAGAAUCCAACAACACAUAUAUCUCAAGGAAAUCUCACAAAUUCUGUCCCAAAUAUUGCUCAAAAUUUUGAUUCUUCAAUGGUCACUAUUCCAAAUGAAAUAAUUUUACCCUCUGCACUAUCUCCAAAAAUGAAACAUAGGUCUCCCCAACGAACAUUUCAUAUUCAUCCAAAGCUACCCAGCUCGACUAAUGAUAUUCCCUUUGAUAUACCUUCAAGUAGUCGAGGUUCAUUUACACUGAAGUAUAAACAGAAUUCUUUGCCUAAUCCCCCUCCAUCAUCCUACUUUUUAUGCAAUCCAAAUUUAUCAACACCACAGUUUGAUUCUUCUAAACCAAAUGUACCUCCACGUCCUAUUAUUUCGAAAACAUCCCGUCCAUCAUCAUCCCAGUGUUUUAGUUCUACAAUAUCUAUUGAUUCAAAAUCAGCCCCAUCGCUUUCCGGUGAAAACAGCAGACUGAAUUUAAACAAAUCUGAUGUAAUCAAAAAUCAGUUGGCAAAUACAAUAGGCUUAGAUACUUCUAUGAAUACGACAAAAAGUUGCCUCCCACCACCACCUCCUGCACCUUUACCAGUAACAAAAGUGCAAUACCAGUCAUCUAAAGAAGACACUCUUCAAAAUAUUGAUCUCAAAAACAACAUUGAAAAUGGUCUAGAAAAACAAGGGAAUGUAGGAAAGGGUGCAAACUCUUUUGAUAAAUGCAAAACUCCACUGCCAAUACCACCUCAAAUAUAUGCUCGUCUAGAAGCUGAAGUUCCCCCUUUACCUCCUCGAAAUCCACGUGUACGAGUAGUUGAUCUUGAUCAGUUAUGUGCAGCGUGUAAUGCAAAACUAGGUUUUGAGGAUUCAAUGGUUAUCGAGUCUUUAAAUCUUUACUACCACCUACCAUGUUUUGUAUGUGCAAGAUGUGGUAUUUCAUUGGGGGAUGGUUUAUCAGACGUUGAAGUCCGUGUCCGAAGAAAUUUGCUCUACUGUUCAAACUGUCAUUCAAAGAAUAUGAACCUGAAUGAUAACAAGCAUGAACAUGAUUUAAAGACGCGUCAACAGCUCACAUGCCAACCACCAAAACCACCCAGGCCGACUGAUAGACGAUAUCGGCACGGAAGAAAUUCAAUAGUUGUGAAAGCAAGUUAUAUUGGCAAGUUUUAA